GCGGAGAGCGAGGCCUGGUGAGCGCCGCCGUGGUGCGCGCCGGCUGGUCAAGGUUGUGCGCGGAAGAGGCGUAGCGGGCGGGCGAGGAGCGAGCGUCUCACCGUCGCAGUGGCACCGGGACCGGUCGCCUGGAGCCGAAAUCAUGACCACACCAGGAAAAGAGAACUUUCGCCUGAAAAGUUAUAAGAACAAAUCUCUGAAUCCUGAUGAGAUGCGCAGGAGGAGGGAGGAAGAGGGACUGCAGUUAAGGAAGCAGAAGAGAGAGGAGCAGUUAUUCAAAAGAAGAAAUGUUGCUACAGCAGAAGAAGAAACAGAAGAAGAAGUUAUGUCAGAUGGUGGCUUUCAUGAGGCCCAGAUUAAUAACAUGGAGAUGGCACCAGGUGGGGUCAUUACCUCUGAUAUGAUUGAGAUGAUAUUUUCAAAUAGCCCAGAGCAGCAGCUUUCUGCAACACAGAAAUUCAGGAAACUACUCUCAAAAGAACCUAAUCCUCCUAUUGAUGAAGUCAUCAACACACCAGGAGUAGUGGCCAGGUUUGUCGAGUUCCUCAAACGAAAAGAAAAUUGUACGCUGCAGUUUGAAUCAGCCUGGGUCCUGACAAAUAUUGCUUCAGGAAAUUCUCUUCAGACCCGGAUUGUGAUUCAGGCAGGAGCGGUGCCUAUCUUCAUCGAGUUGCUUAGCUCAGAGUUUGAAGAUGUCCAGGAACAGGCAGUCUGGGCUCUUGGCAACAUUGCUGGCGACAGUACCAUGUGCAGAGACUAUGUCUUAGACUGCAAUAUCCUCCCCCCUCUUCUGCAGUUAUUUUCAAAGCAGAAUCGCUUGACCAUGACCCGGAAUGCAGUAUGGGCUUUAUCUAAUCUCUGUAGAGGGAAGAGUCCACCUCCAGAAUUUGCUAAGGUUUCUCCCUGUCUGAAUGUCCUUUCUUGGUUGCUGUUUGUCAGUGACACUGAUGUACUGGCUGAUGCCUGCUGGGCCCUCUCCUACCUGUCAGAUGGACCCAAUGAUAAAAUUCAAGCAGUCAUUGAUGCAGGAGUAUGUAGGAGACUUGUGGAGCUUCUGAUGCAUAAUGAUUAUAAAGUGGUGUCUCCUGCUCUGCGAGCUGUGGGAAACAUUGUCACAGGGGAUGAUAUUCAGACACAGGUAAUUUUGAAUUGCUCAGCUCUUCAGAGUUUAUUACAUUUGCUGAGUAGCCCAAAGGAAUCUAUCAAAAAGGAAGCAUGUUGGACAAUAUCUAAUAUUACAGCUGGAAAUAGGGCACAGAUCCAGACUGUGAUAGAUGCUAACAUGUUCCCAGCUCUCAUUAGUAUAUUGCAAACUGCUGAGUUCCGGACAAGGAAAGAAGCUGCUUGGGCCAUCACAAAUGCAACUUCUGGAGGGUCAGCUGAGCAGAUCAAGUACCUAGUAGAACUGGGUUGUAUCAAGCCCCUCUGUGAUCUCCUCACUGUCAUGGACUCAAAGAUUGUGCAGGUUGCCCUCAAUGGCUUGGAGAACAUCCUGAGGCUUGGAGAACAAGAAGCCAAAAGGAACGGCUCAGGCAUUAACCCUUACUGUGCUUUGAUUGAAGAAGCAUAUGGUCUGGAUAAAAUAGAGUUCUUGCAGAGCCAUGAAAACCAGGAGAUCUAUCAAAAGGCUUUUGAUCUUAUUGAGCAUUACUUUGGGACCGAAGAUGAGGACAGCAGCAUUACACCCCAGGUUGACCUUAGCCAGCAGCAGUACAUCUUCCAGCAGUGUGAGGCUCCUAUGGAAGGGUUCCAGCUUUGAAGCAAUCCUCUGCUUUCUUGUUCCUGUGUCAGACCAGGCUACCCAGUCAAGUCCUCUUGUGGAGCCCACAGUCCUCAUGGAGCUAAUUUCUCAAAUGUUUUCCAUAAUACUGUUUGCGCUCAUUUGCUUGCCUUGCGCACCUGCUCUCUUACACACAUCUGGAAAACCUCUGGCUCUCUGUGGUGGAAUACCCUUUUAUUACAGGGGUAAACAGAACGGCCCACUCUCUUAUGGAAAAAUCCCUAAGCUUUGGAGAUCCGCACUUAUAUUAGAGUCAUGGGAAUAUAUACACAUAUUAAUGUGGCUCCCUUUUUUGUGGGGGAAAAUAAGAGGACUCUUCCUCAUUCCGUAUAGUGGGGAAAAUGACAUUAAAAGAUAAAACUAAAACCUUUAUCUUGAAUUUUACACAACUGCUUGGACAAGGGAGAUACUUAGACUUGUGUGUACAUCAGAGUACUCUUCUCGAGUUCUUCCACAGUGAACCAACCUUUGGAGUACCGGGUGGCUUUUUUAGCCAAAUUUGCAUUAAUCCUUAUGAGAUGGGAUGGUUUUCUUUCCUCUAAUGGAGUCAUUCUUCAGAUAUUAAAAUUAAACCAUCCACUCCCUCACCUUCAGCCUUCAGUGAAUGUGCUUCUAGUUGUCAGGAAUGCUGAAGAAUUAAUACUUUGACUUUGAAAUGUGAUACUGGCUUGGCAGAUUCCCUUAAAGCAGAAAGAGAGAAGCACAGAUUAAUGUGUAUGGCUUCUGCUUCUCUUUGGUUUAUGUCUCUUAGGAUUUGGAGGUAGUUGAGUUUUAACACUGGUAUGAAGAUAAAAGUCCUUAGUAAAAUCAUGUUCUAAAAUUCAUUAAAGAGUCAGAAGAACACAGAACCCAUCACUUUUUCUAAAGCAGUGUGACUAGAGGCUGUGUUUCUGCAUUACAAAAGAUACUCAGGCUUUGUGGUCCUGAUCAAGGUCCUGGUAAAUUGGAGUUCACCUUAGGUGCUUUUCCUCUUUGUGACUGGCAGAUAACACGUAUUUAAAUGUUACUUAGGGAUUUUUUUCCUUAGUCAAGUGCAGCUCGAUUCUAAUGUAUUCAUGCUGCAUACAUGAUCCUGCAGUGCAGCAUCCUUAUCUUUAAAAGCAUAACAGUCUCCUCAAUAUGACCUCUAGACUAAAAGGGCAGUGAACUUUUUCUAAUAACCUCAGUGUGUUCCCUGGUUUUAUUUCAUCUCCUACUAAUACCCUACCUCCCCAAGUAAAAACAGUGCCCACCUCCUGCUUAUUUAAUGAUGACUGUAAUGUACUUGCAAAUGGCGCUUCCAGUACUGUGUUCACUGAUCCACAUUUGUGCUUGGACUAGAAGGGGAAAAAAAACAAGAAAAAAAGUUUAAUUGCCAAGAGAACUGCAAAUGAGUUCAAUGCGACUUCUCGGUGCUAGUUGGCCGUCUUGGCUCAAUGUUGGGACACACACUAUCAGAGAAGAGCUUUUCUUGAUGAUGUUCUGUUCAAAAUGAAUUCUGAAGGAAAAGUUGCUCACGUCUGUUUCAGAGCAUACCCUUUUAAAUCUCUUUAAAAGACUACUCUUCUAGAAUUCAUUGUAACCCCAAAGUAUAAAAACUAUCUGGGAGUUGCCCCUGACAAGCUAUUGCACAUCUCUGGUGAAUCCUGCUGAAUGUAAGGGAUAUUCAGAACUUUCAUACCUCAUCAUGAUGUUAUUUAAACAGCCAACUUACAUGACCCGAUUUACUUUGAAAAAUUAAUUUCAUUCAAACUAGAAAGUUGCAGAGACAAAGGACAUUUAUCAGCUAAGAGUGUGAUACAUUCUUGCCCUAGUCUUUAAUUGUGUCUGUGCUCUGGGAUGGAUACUGUCUGAUGUCUUGUAUUGAUGGAGCAGGCACUACAAAACUAGUCAACUCCCAUCUGUCCUGUUGUUUUCUAGUGCUGCUUUGUGCUGAGAGAACAUGUUAGUUUACUGAACUUGACCUGUACAAGACUGAUUUCUUUGUAAUUUUAGGGAUAAAUUAGGUGGUUAAUUUAAAGAUGAACUUUCAAUGUUGCCUUUACAUCACAUUAAAAUAUCACUUCUUUCAGAAGGGUAAUAGAAGCACUGAUUCAUAGUAAAAAUCUUGUUUUUAGCUUUGA